AUGGCAUCCAGCGGCUCAGAAAGCUAUAUCCAGAAGCUUCAGCACUACUGCGCCACGAACCAAAUUGCACAACCUCAGUUCCAGGACUACUCUGACCCUCGAGGUGUAAGGACGGCUUGGUCCAGCAGCGUCUUCGUCAACGGUCGCGAGUAUCGAGCCCACCUAUGGCGAGAUUACCGAUACCUCGAACAGUCGCGUGAGGAGGCCGCUGAAGCUGCCUGGAAGGCCAUCAGUGCUGCUGAGUCCCCAACAACGCAAGGACAAUAUGCAUACACUCGCGGCUACACGACGACUCGGUAGCCUGACCACAUCAUCCGAACGCAACCUGCUCAGCCUAGGUUGCCCCUGAGCGCCCAUCUUUCACCACGAACGACAUCCUUUCUCCCGGUUCAAGCUAUGUAACGCUAUCAACCAGACUUUGCAUACUCACUGGCAGUACGUUUGAUCCAAGAGACAUCGCACAUACCAGUUCUCCUUCACCAACCGAUUCUCGGCACAACACCGCACACACCCAAGAAGAAUGGCUUGUGGCUCUUUUAGCCGUCCCAGGCGGACCCGUUGCUACGGUCCAAGAUCUUAUCAGCGUCAUCCAGACCUUGUUCACUUAAUGUCGCCGGUCAUACCUGUACCAUUCACGCUAUCGCUGUCACACACUGCCUUUUCAACUGGAGGGUUGGAGCAUCUCCUUGUUUGUGCCAAAUGGAUCAAUGGUUGUCCAUUCGCCGCUUCGUAUCAAAGGUCACAGUGAUCCAAAAUUGUAUGCUAGAACCAUCAAUCUUCUACAGUUC